CAGGCGCGGAUUUUGUAAACAGAGUUUAACAGACCGACGUCGUUCCUUUAAAAGUUUGUCAUAAAUCGUUUAAAACGAGUUAAGGUGCAUUUAUCCGUUGUUUCUUAAGGAAGUGAAGUGAGUCCAACUGUGGCUUCUUGACAAUCUGGUGAAAGUUUAUGUAAGUAGCUUUGUUUUGUGUCACCUCGUUAGCCGACAUGCUAGCAGAUCGGAGAGGCAGCAGCGGUGAAGCCGCUCGGAGGAGAAGCUUCGAGGCAUGAUAGCAGCGCUCCUCUUCUGGAGAUCUGUGCCUCGAUCGGGACUGCAGCUGCCCCGGGUCCAGUGGAAGCGUCUCUACGGCCGGUGCCCGGACCCAUCGCAGGAGGUAGAGAUGAUCCGGAGCCGGGCUCAGAUCAGACGGGUCCUCUGCGUGGCCGAGAAGAACGACGCGGCCAAAGGCAUCGCAGAGAUCAUGUCCAGCGGCAGAGCCAGGAGGAGGGAAGGAUUGUCAAAGUUCAAUAAAAUAUACGAGUAUGAAUAUCAUCUGUUUGGCCAGGACGUCUCCGUGUCCAUGACAUCUGUAUCAGGCCAUUUACUGGGUCUGGAGUUCAAAGCACCAUUUCAGAAAUGGCACAGCUGCAAUCCAGUGCUGCUAUUUGAUGCAGAGGUAGAGAAGUACUGUCCAGAUAACAUGAUACAAAUCAAGCGGACACUGGAAAAGGAGGCGAGGCAGUGCCAGGCGCUGGUUAUCUGGACUGAUUGCGACAGGGAGGGAGAAAACAUCGGUUUUGAAAUAAUCGACGUUUGCAAAGCAGUGAAGCCCAAUUUACAAGUCUUUCGUGCAAAGUUUUCCGAAAUCACCCCAAACUCCAUCCGGCGAGCUUGUGAGACUCUAACAGAACCCGACGUUAACAUCAGUGAUGCUGUCGAUGUCCGCCAGGAGCUGGAUCUGAGAAUAGGUGCAUCCUUCACUCGAUUUCAGACGCUUCGCCUGCAGAAAAUCUUUCCAGAGUCGCUGGCCAAUCAGCUGAUCUCAUACGGGAGCUGCCAGUUCCCCACUCUGGGCUUCGUGGUGGAGCGAUUCAAGGCCAUUCAGGCCUUCAUACCCGAGAAUUUCUACAAGAUCAAAGUGCUCCAUGAGGUGGAGGAGGACAAGGUGGAGUUCAGCUGGAAAAGACACCGCCUCUUUAACCACACAGCUUGCCUGGUGCUCUACCAGAUCUGCAUGGAGGAUCCCACCGCAACGGUCACCUCAGUGUCCAGCAAACCCAAGAGCAAGUGGAGGCCGCUGCCUUUGGACACUGUGGAACUGGAGAAACUGGCGUCUCGGAAACUGAGAAUAAGCGCCAAAGAGACCAUGAAAAUAGCAGAAAAACUCUAUACCCAGGGGUUUAUCAGCUAUCCCCGCACGGAGACCAACAUUUUCCCAGAGAACCUUGCUCUGGGCCCUCUGGUGGAGCAGCAGACCCACAGCCCGGCGUGGGGGGCUUUCGCCCAGCGCGUGCUCGAACAGCCGGGGGGUCCCAACCCCCGACAGGGCAAGAACUCGGACCAAGCCCAUCCUCCGAUACACCCCACCAAGUUCACAAACACACUGCAGGGUAAUGAAGCCCGCGUGUAUGAGUUCAUCGUCCGCCACUUCUUGGCGUGUGUGUCCCAAGAUGCUUUGGGGCAGGAGACCGUGGUGGACAUCGACAUCGCCCAGGAGAAGUUCUCGGCCUCGGGGCUCAUGAUCAUCGCGAGGAACUACCUGGACGUUUACCCGUACGACAGAUGGAGCGCAAAGGUGAUCCCUGUGUACGAGCAAGGCUCCCGCUUCCAGCCCUCGGCCAUCGAGAUGGUGGACGGUCAGACCAGCCCUCCACAGCUGCUCACUGAGGCCGACCUCAUAUCGCUGAUGGAGAAGCACGGCAUCGGCACGGACGCAACCCACGCAGAGCACAUCGAGACUAUAAAGAGUCGCAUGUAUGUGGGCCUGACGGCUGACCAGAGGUUUCUCCCCGGAGAGCUCGGCAUGGGCCUCGUGGAGGGUUACAAUUCGAUGGGAUAUGAGAUGUCGAAACCAAACCUGCGUGCUGAACUGGAAGGAGACCUGAAGCUGGUUUCAGAGGGCAGGAAGGACAAACGCAGCGUGCUGCAGCACCACAUCCUCAAAUACAAGACCGUCUUCAUCGAGUCUGUCAGAAAAGCAAAGAAGUUGGACGAAGCCCUCUCUCCUUACCUGGGAGCAGCUGUGGAGAUCCCCGAGGCGGAGCAGCAGGACAUGGAGAUCCCGCUGCCCGUCAGGAAGUGUCCCCAGUGUGGCCGAGACAUGGUGCUGAAGAAGAGGAGGGAGGGGAACAGUAAGUUCCUGUCGUGUGUGGGCUACCCGGCCUGCAAGACGGCCGUUUGGUUUCCCGACGCGGUGCUGGAGGUCAGCAGAGACGACGGCGUCUGUCCCUCCUGUCAGCCGCAUCCGGUUCACAUGCUGAAGUUUAAGUUCCGCAGAGGCAGCCUCCCUCCCAUGAUGCCUCUGGAAUUUGUGGGCUGCAUCGGCGGAUGCGACGAGACGCUCAGAGAGGUGCUGGACCUGAAAUACCUCCGAGCAGCAGGAGGAGGAGAUGAUCCUCAUCCACCUCCUCAAAGGCCUCCCAUAGUUCCGAGGUCCAAUCCGCGGCCCUCACUCCCUCCCGUGCCCUCCUGGAGCUCAGAGCAGAGGCCUCCGCCUGGCGGUGGCGGCGGCGGCAUCAGCGUGGGACCCGGCAGCGAUGCCAUUGUAUGUAACUGCGGUCAGGACGCGCUGCUCCUCACCGUGCGCAAAGACGGACCAAACCAGGGCCGGCAGUUCUACAAGUGCAACGCCAGCAGCUGCAACUUCUUCCUGUGGGCGGAUCAGUCCAGUUCGCACUGCCAGGGACCCCCGGCGGCGUCCCCGAGGGUCCCCCAGCCUCCCAGGUCCACCCUGGCCUUCAGGAACACCUCGGAAGGCGGCGGGCGGCGGGACGACGGGGGAUCGGGGCAGGUGGUGUGCAGAUGCGACGAGGCGGCCGUGACGCGCACCGUGCAGAAGGACGGACCCAACAAAGGCCGCAUGUUCCACACCUGCGGGAAGCCGAGAGAGCAGCAGUGCGGCUUCUUCCAGUGGGCCGACGAGAACGUCCAACCCACCAGUGGCUUCGGUGGCGGAUUUAACGACGGAGCCGGACGGAGGAAAGAGAGGAGGACGGCGGGAGACGCCGCCAGACCCCCCGCCGCCAGGAAGCCUCGCACCUGCGGCAUCUGCCACAUGCCGGGACACACCCGAGCCACCUGCCCCCAGCGGUGACCGGAGCCCGGAGCAAUUCAACACCGUCAUAUUUUAAAAUAAUACUUUUAGAUAUUUAAAGUGCCUCUGAACAGGAAGUGGACCUCUUCUUCUGGGACGAUAUAAUUCACCGAAGCCCUGAGAUCAUUAGAGCUGAUCGGAUCUUUUCUGAAAAGGAAAGAGAGUUUUUGGUUUAAAGGUUAAAGUUGACCAAUCUGUAGAAAAACCCAGCAUGAGAAGAAAGCGCUUUGAAUUGUUUCUGCUUGAUUAAUAAACAAGUUGUAUU